AUGCCACGUACGUAUGAUGAGGAAUGCAGCUAUAUUGAACGUGUUACAGAUGUUAUGUAUAGAAUCAAAAAAGGAUUCGUUCCAAAUAUGAACGUUGAAGGAUGCUUUUACGUUAAUAAAGCUUUGGAAAAAUUGAUGUUUGAUGAAUUGAAGAAUGCAUGUAGGUCAAAUGGUAUCGGUGGAUUCUUACCUGCGGUACGCCAAAUUGGAAAUGUCGCCGCACUGCCAGCUAUUGUUAACGCUUCUAUUGGCUUGCCGGAUAUACAUUCCGGUUAUGGCUUUGCUAUAGGGAAUAUUGCUGCAUUCGAUGUUUCUAAUCCAGAAGCUGUCGUAUCACCUGGUGGCGUUGGUUUUGAUAUUAAUUGUGGUGUCCGAUUAAUUCGAACAAACUUGUCUGAGAAAGAUGUUCAGCCAGUAAAAGAACAACUUGCCCAAUCGUUAUUUGAUCAUAUUCCGGUGGGUGUUGGUUCAAAGGGUAUAAUUCCGAUAGGAGCUCAGCAAUUUGAGGAAUGCUUGGAAAUGGGUAUGGAUUGGACUCUGCGUGAAGGUUAUUCAUGGGCAGAAGAUAAAGAACAUUGUGAAGAAUAUGGGCGGAUGCUUCAGGCUGAUGCGGCCAAAGUUUCUCCCCGUGCGAAAAAAAGAGGACUUCCACAGCUAGGAACUCUGGGAGCUGGGAACCAUUACGGCGAAGUGCAGGUUGUUGAUGAAAUAUAUAAUGAAUAUGCGGCUAGUAGAAUGGGCAUCGAUAGAUUGGG